CCUGGUAAACAGACGUGUGGAUGUCGUGAUGGCCCCGCCCCCUGCUGGCCAACCAACGGCGCGCUUUGUGAAAUCAUCCACCCAGUCACGUGACGUCUAUGUGACGUAUGAAAGGGAAAAUUAAUCCGUGAUUAUUGGGAGUCGGUUAAACACAAACAAGCCUCGCCUGACAACACCAACUAAACUAAUCCCAAUUACAUUUGCCGCCAUGGAGCCGGACUGGGACUUGAUCCUCGAACUGAUUGACGAGGAUUUAGGUACCAAAAUCUCGCCGGAAAUUGGACCCCGUAGUUGGUUAGAAGACUGCAUCUACCACGGGGAACAGAUAAUGGCGCCUUUCAAUCCUCUGGCCCCUGCUCCUCAAACAGUCAGACCCCUAAUGGCGCCCGUCAAUCAUCUGGUCCCUCUGCCACAAACAGGGAGACCCUCAAUGGCGCCCGUCAAUCAGCUGCCGCCACCUCCAACGAAAGUCAGCUGUGUUCCUGUGGUGAUCCAGCCGGAGGUCAUGGGCCAAAAUCCUGUUGGAGUCAAGUGUAGCAACGGUCAGCUGCUGUUCAAGACGGAACCUGGAGAGGAACCUGGAGAGGAACCUGACACCUUCUUCACCAACCCUCCUACACACUCAUCAAAGAGAAAGAGGAGGACAUGGAACAACGAGGACAGGCCUUACAUCGAGAAGCCUCCAAACGCCUUCAUGCUGUUCAUGAAGGAGCAGCGUCCCACCGUCAAGGCCAAGUUCCUCAACAAGGACAGCGCCACCGUCAACGAAGCCCUCAGCUAGAGAGAGUAGACUACUAGUUAAUAAUGCUACAAUGAGACUAGACAACUUGUUAAUAAUGUUAGAAACAUGAGAGUAGACUAUUAAUAAUGUUAGAAACAUGAGAGUACACAACUUGUUAAUAAUGUUUGAAACAUGAGACCAGACUAUUAGUUAACAAUGUUAGAAACAUGGGACUAGACUACUAGUUAAUAAUGUUAGAAACCUGAGACUAGACAACUCUUUAAUAAUGUUAGAAACUUGGGACUAGACUACUCGUUAAUGAUGUUAGAAACAUGAGACUAGAAAACUCGUUAAUAAUGUUAGAAACAUGGGACUAGACUACUAGUUAAUAAUGUAAGAAACAUGAUACUAGACUACUAGUUAAUAAUCUUAGAAACAUGACCCUAGACUUGUAGUUAUUGUUAGAAACAUGAGACUAGACUACAAGUUAAUGCUAGAAUCAUGAGACUAGACUGCUAGUUAAUAAUGUUAGAAACAUGGGACUAGACUACUACAUAAUGUUAGAAACAUGGGACAAGAUGACUAGUUCAUAAUGUUAGAAACAUGAGACUAGACUACUAGUUAUUGUUAGAAACACAGGACUAGACUACAAGUUAAUAAUGCUAGUAACAUGAGACUAUGCUACUAGUUGAUAAUAUUAGAAACAUGGGACUAGAGUACAAGUUAAUGUUAAAAACAUGGGACUAGAUGACUAUUUAAUAAUGUUACAAACAUGAGACUAGACGACUUGUUAAUAAUGUUAGAAACAUGGGACUAGAAUACUAUCAAUCAAUGUUUACUUAUAUAGCCCUAAAUUACUAGUGUCUCAAAGGGCUGCACAAACCACAAUAAUGUUAGACACAUGGGACUAGACUACUUGUUAAUAAUGUUAGAAACAUAGGACUAGACUACUAGUUAAUAAUGUUUGUAAAAUAAUAAAAUAAAUAACUAAUUAUGAACGAUCUGCUAUUUUAAAAUACUAAUAUGGUCCAAUAAUAUUUAAAUAACUACUGCAUAAAAUAAAUGUAUUUCCAUGCUUAAAUAAGAAUAGUAGACCAAAUUAAAUGUUACACACCUGUAACUUACUGGCUCUUAGUCUGCAGAAAAUAGACAUUCUCAGGUUUCUCUGUUUACAUUUUCACACUUAGCACGACUUUGUUACACUCUAGUAAGCAAUUCUUAUGUAUUUUUUAUUUUUUGCACCUUCAUUUUAAGAUGGUUUUGGUAAAUGUUUAUUGUUAUUUUAGAAUGUUGUUUACAUUGAGUGUUUUCAAUGCAUGUGUUGGCUUUUCCCUUCCUUUCUGCCGUGGUAGCUGAGGGGAUUAAAAUCAA